UGCCAGCUACGGUGCCAACGUGACUAAUAUUAACGUUUCUUACAACAGAUUCUCGCGUAUAAUAUUAUUAAAUUUGACUAUCGUACAAUAUAGAUGUACAUAUAUUCUAACAGAUAGGCGACAAACCUUCCCUGCUCUCCAUCAGCGACGUGCAGGUUCUCUUUCAGAAGGUAAUAGGCUAUUGUUUGUAAAAUUGUAAUGGAUUGGUAUGUAUAUGUUCAUAAAAUAAUUAAUUUUUUAUGAUUGUUUGCACAUUACAGUUUGGACACGCUUUGCAACAUUUGCUAACUACGGUCUACGGUCUACGGGAGUAUUCUGCCGGAUUGUCGUUUGUGGAAUGGGACGCGGUAUUCAUUUGCGAUUUCUUCAUGGAGAACUGGUUGUACGAAACAUUCAUGUUGCAAAAAAUUUCCGAACAUUACAAAACGAAGCAGCCAUUACCUGCGGAAGCUAUCGAGAGCAUUAAAAGAAUGAGGUCAUCGCACUUGGCCGGUUAUAAACUUUGCAAAGAACUUUAUUUGUCACAUUUAGAUCUGGAGCUGCAUUCCAG